UGCGCAGGGACGGUGCAUGAGUGGGAAGCUAGCUAGUCGUUGUAGAAUGUACAUUUGUUCACCUCCUCCCCCAUGAAUGGAGACCACUGCUCAAGGCAGCCCUCCGGUUUGGCCAAUGGGAAUUCGGGCAAGAGGGAAUCCAUGAAGUCAGAGUGCACGAAAGAGUCACACAGUGAUCAGGAAGAGGGUGGAGAUGAAGACCACCCGAACGGGCGAGUGGACCCCCUCAGAGAGGCCACCGAACUGAACGGGACCUAUGAGAACACUGACACAAAGCGAAGCGAGCAGGACCUCUCUACGCAAGGGUCACCAGCCAGAUCUUCAGCCAUGGAGAAUGGACUGUUAGACACCGAGUUGCCUCAUGGCUCUACGGUGGGCAGUAACGGAUUCAUCCUAAGCAAACAGCAGGAGGACACAGUAUCUUCCCCACACAGGACUAACUGGUCCCCCGUUGGGGGUUCCACAUUGGGGCAAGGGACUAAAAACAUUCCUUCUGCAACUUCUACGUUACAAUCCCCAGACCAGUGUUCUCCGAACACUGACGUAAACCCAGGACCAAUGCAAACAGAAAGACGGGCGGAAACAGAGACUAAAAAUGGCAUAGUGUCAAACACACCCCCGCCUGUAACGAUACACCGUGCACGCAAAACGAUGUCAAGGCCGGCCUCGAAUCAGACACUAAAGCUUUUAAAUAGGGAAAAUAAGGAGCCAAUCGUUGUGAAAGACGACAGUGUGGAGAAACCAGAGGCACUGCAGCCAUCUCUAAUCCAGAAUCAGCUACCUCAAAGCCAACCUGAUGCCACAUCUGUGCUGACCGCCACACCAGCCAAGCCACAAACAGUAGCACCAGUGUCAAGGAAGAAAAAGAGGAAGAUGGGAACAUACAGCCUUGUCCCCAAGAAGAAGAAUAAAGUCUUGAAACAACGCACAGUUCUGGAGAUGUUUCAGCGUAUGUCCCAGUCUUCAUCCGACCCUCAGCAGCCAAAGGAGUCAGUACAUGUGAAUGGAGAGAGGAUGGAGAAUGACUCUGAUGAAGAGGAGUCAGAGGAAGAUGACACGGAGGAUGAGGUGUCCACAGAGGAUGGAGCCAAAACAUCUCCGGACGAAUAUCGGACAGCUUCUGUUGCGCAGGAUGAACAGGAGUCUGAGGAAUCACAGGAAGGUGAAGAGGAAGGGGACGAAUCCGAUUUGAGUUCAGAGUCAAGCUUGAAGAAGAAAUGGAAAAAGAAGGUCAAGGGAGAUCAUGCUUGGCUCCGACCGUCAAGAAAGCGCAAGAGGAAAUUGAAAGCAAAGUCUGAAGGACUGUCUGGAAUGGACUCCCAGUCCCAAUCAGAGAGCCAGAACUCAACAUCAGCCACAUCUGACAACAGGAAGGAGUAUAGAGAAGUCUCGCUAGACUCUCUGAAUCUGCCAGCACAGGAAGCCCUGCUGACAUCUAAAAACACAGCUGUUUCAGGACCAGCCAAGAACACAGAUGUGGAUAUGGUGCAGGAACUGCCUCUCUGCAGCUGUCGAAUGGAGACGCCCAAGAGCAGAGAGAUCCUAACCCUGGCAGACCGGAAGUGCAUGGCGACUGAGAGCGUAGACGGCCAGCUGAGUCGAUGCCAGAGCGCAGUGAUGAAGCACGAGAUGAUGAGGCCUUCAAACUCGGUCCAGCUGCUGGUUCUGUGCGAGGACCAUCGCACUGGCAUGAUCAAACAUCAGUGCUGCCCAGGCUGUGGCUACUUUUGCAGAGCAGGUACCUUCAUGGAGUGCCAGCCGGAGGUGAAUAUCUCCCAUCGUUUUCAUCGAGCCUGUGCCUCUGUUCUGAACGGUCAAAGCUUUUGUCCACACUGUGGAGAAGAGGUCGGCAAAGCCAAAGAGGUCACCAUUGCCAAGGCUGAUACGACCUCCACUGUGCCUCUCACCCAAGGCCCAUGCACCCCCAGCACUUCCGAAGGCAAAGCGGACACCACGACAGGAGGGUCCACUCGACUGCCUGUUCUCGGUGAGGGAAGAGCGGACAGCUCCUUACCCAAACCUCCAGAGUCACUUGAACCUUCUCUGUCUCCUGUGGGAUCCAAAUCAGUGACUUUGGGGGCAGGAAUCGCUUUUGGAUCUCCCCUAGGACCUCCUAAAGAAACUCUGGAAAGUGUCUUGUUGGCUCUGGAUGCGGAGAAACCCAAGAAACUUCGGUUUCAUCCAAAACAGCUGUAUAUUUCGGCCAAACAAGGUGAAUUGCAGAAGGUUUUGCUGAUGCUGGUGGAUGGAAUAGAUCCAAACUUUAAAAUGGAGAGUCAGAACAAACGCACACCGCUUCAUGUAGCUGCUGAGGCGGGACAUCAGGAAGUUUGCCACAUGCUUGUACAGGCUGGUGCAAACCUCGACAUGUGUGAUGAGGACCAGAGGACACCCCUGAUGGAGGCAUGCGAGAACAACCACUUGGAAACCGUGCGCUACUUGCUGCGGGCUGGAGCUAUCGAAUCUCACAAGGAUGUUGAAGGUUCAACGUGCCUUCACCUUGCUGCAAAGAAUGGCCACUUUGCCAUUGUACAACAUCUGCUGUCUACAGGCCUUAUAGAUAUUAACUGCCAGGAUGAUGGUGGCUGGACAGCCAUGAUUUGGGCCACGGAAUACAAACAUGUUGACCAAGUGAAACUCCUGCUCUCCAAAGGGGCCGAUAUUAACAUCCGUGACAAGGAGCAUAAUAUCUGUCUGCACUGGGCGGCAUUUUCUGGCUGUGUGGAGAUCGCAGAGAUCCUGCUGGAGGCGAAGUGUGAUAUUAAUGCCCUCAACGUCCACGGAGACUCGCCGCUUCACAUAGCAUCACGGGAGAACCGGAUCGACUGUAUCAACAUGUUUCUGUCAAGGGGGGCGCACGCAAACCUGAAGAACAAAGAGGGAGAUACUCCCAUGCAGUGUUGUAGCCAAGCUCCGAAGGUUUGGAGCGCCCUGCAAGCCAACAAGAAGCAGCGAGAAACUAACAGCAGCCAGAGCGCUACUACAGAGAAACUUCUGAACCGGGAUAUCGCCAGGGGCUACGAGAAAGUUCCCGUUCCUUGCGUGAAUUCGGUGGACAGCGAACCUUAUCCCGACAACUACAAGUAUAUCCCCAACAGCUGCGUUACUUCCCCAAUGAACAUUGACAAAAACAUUACUCACUUGCAGUAUUGUGUAUGUAAAGACGACUGCUCCUCGGCGAACUGCAUGUGCGGGCAACUCAGCCUGCGCUGCUGGUAUGAUAAAGAGAGCCGUCUGUUGCCCGAGUUCUGUAGCGAGGAGCCGCCCCUUAUUUUCGAGUGUAAUCACGCCUGCUCGUGCUGGAGAAACUGCAAGAACCGUGUCGUACAAAACGGAAUGAGGACAAGACUGCAGUUGUUCAGGACACAACUUAUGGGAUGGGGCGUCAGGACAUUACAGGACAUCCCGCAAGGGACCUUCAUUUGCGAAUACGUGGGUGAGAUCAUCUCUGACGCCGAGGCAGAUGUCAGGGAGAACGACUCCUAUCUCUUCAGUCUAGACAACAAGGUCGGUGAUAUGUACUGCGUUGAUGCCCGUUUCUACGGUAACAUCAGCCGCUUCAUAAACCAUCACUGUGAUCCCAAUCUGUUUCCCUGUCGAGUGUUCACCUCCCACCAGGACCUGAGGUUUCCUCACAUCGCCUUCUUCGCCUGCAAGAACAUUAAUGCUGGAGAUGAACUUGGGUUUGAUUACGGCAAUCACUUCUGGGAUGUAAAGGGAAAGUUGUUCAGUUGCCAGUGCGGCUCAUCCAAAUGUAAACAUUCGGCAUCCGCCAUCGCCCAGAGACAGGCGGACAGCACGCCGGGCGACCAGCAGCCCAGCGCUCUGCCCGACACCAGCUCAUCCACCCCAUCGAGUUCCAGCUAGACCCACGUCUCUACCAUCUGACAUCUGGUUCUUCUACCAGCCUGUCACCUUCCAUCACCAGCAUGGCCUUCACUAACAGCGCCAAACCAAGGAUCAAGUGAGAGCCUGGGCUUUUGAGCCACACCCACAAUGACACAUCGCGAUCCUGAUUGGCUGACGCUACAAUUGAGGAGUUAAAACGCACAUUGAUCACAAUGUAACGUGUUUGGUGUACAGAAGGUGAGAACUGCACAUUUGGGCUGGACUUGAAGUGUUUGAUUCUCAGCUCCGCCCCUCUGGAUAACAGUCAACUAAGUGUAAUAAAAUUAGCUCUAAACGGAUAGUUUUCUCAGAAAUCGGGGAACUCUCUGUGUGUCCGAUAAGUGGAUUUUUAAAACUACCGUAUUCUUGAUGGCGAGCAGUCCGUGCACAACUCAGACGCCAUCUUGUGGUUACGUCUUCAACUUACGUUUUUGAACUUCAGACAUUCUCUUGCAUAUUUCUGUUCAUGUUUAUGGAUUCCGUUCUGUACACUUUUACUUUAGCGUUCAAGAUCUGAAAGAUUCCAAAUGAAUUUGAACAUACGAACAUUUAACCGUUCCCACAUUCAUGUGCUGUCCUUUCUAGUUUUAUACAGAACAUGGAUCAUGAUGUGAUUACAAAAGACUGACCCUGUGCUUUCUCAUUACAAUCGAGGUCAUAGAUCAACUUUACAUAUAGGCUUCUCUAUUCUCAUCUGUGGGAUGGCCCCUCGUGCCCUUUUAUGAUUGGUUCACAGACGCCGAGCGUCGUGCCAGUGCUACCCAAAUCCACGAAGAUGUCAAAACUGCACAUUCUUGGCCUGUUACUUCAAGUUGGCCCUAAACUUUGACUAAUGAUGCUUUUAUUGCAAAAUCUCUAUGUGAAGUGAAUGCCUGGACAAGGCCUAUGGGUCAAUUCUAGAAUGUUACAGGCGUGGAUAGACAAGGCUGUCCUGAAAUGCAAAUUACACGUAACACCAUUACUGCAAACGAAACUGUAAAAUAUUUUUAACAUUUCUGUACUUUCAGUUACAAUGACGGAACCGAUUAGCAUGCUUUCGAGACACGUGCUCUAGGAUUAGGACUGGAAAGUGUACUUCUGGUCGAAUGAAAUGCGAAUAGGAAAACGCAAAUGGUGCUGAAAAAGGUUUUUUUGUUAUGUUUAUUUUUUUAUUACUCACUAAGUGAAUACAAGUUGUAAAAUACGA